AUGGCCGAGGAAAUGGAGAUUCCUACUGGCAGAGAGGUGGAGGACGCUGAUGUGAACAUGGAGGAACAAGGAGUUAAGAGGAUUGUUACUAUAGAGGCAGGACAACCCUUACUUACCGCAGAGGAGGUGCUUGAGAAAGACACGACGGUGAAUGAAGAGGAGAACCCUACUGAGAGGGUGGAAACAAGUCCCGCUGAGGGCAUUGCAACAAGCACAACUGCACCGGAGAGAAGGGAAGUGGUGAUUGUAACCGAUGAAGAGGAGGAGAGUGAAAAGCGGAGGCCAGCCAGAGAAGAGACCUCUGGAAAGAGGUCUGAAGAAGAACAACCAAAGGAAGCCCUUAGACAGAGAGCAGGGGAGGAUGUGGAUAGUCCAGCAAGGAGUGCGGUUGGAGUUCCACGUCGCAGAACGAGACUCAUAAUUGAUGAAGAACCUGAAGAAGAAGAGGAUGUUAUCUUCACACCGAUAGACGCACAACCUAGUUCUGGGCUUCCAGAAUCGCCUGCUAAAGUAGAAGACAGUGAAAGAGAGAAGAGAGAGCAGAAGAGGAAAGGGAAAUCCAUCGCUAUUCUAGUAAAGAAGAAGCCAAGGCAGGCUUCAUCAACCUUGGUGAUUCGAGAAAGAAGACAGGAGGCCGAAGAAAGAGAUUUGGAAGAAGAUGAGGCGUUGAGGUUUGAGCUUCGUUCUAAGCGAAUGAAUGAUGGGACACGGAGUGCAUCCGCGCAGAGGCCUGAGAUAGCCGGAGUAUAG